CUGAUUGCUACGGCAAGUGCGUACGUGCGAGACUCUUUUUCUCUUCAUCCCCUAUUAGUGCCCAGUGUGUACCAUCAUUGUCACAGACGCACACACACACACACACACACACACACACACACACACACUGCAGAUAAUCGUUGUCUUUCAUACCUGACGGGGCCUACUGCUGGGUUGGUAUCCAUCCAUUGCAAAACCAGUUUUAGUUUGGUGAGUCGCAAUACCUUAGUGGCAGAUCAUAGUUGGCUUUCAGUUUAACCACAGAGGUGCGUGUUUUGAUUCACCGAUGAUUUGCUGUGACAGCUGGAGAAGUUGACGCGAAUGUGUUUUUUUGCUGUCUUCGCUCAUUCGAGGUCAAGGAAAAUUCGAACGUCAACAUCUGCCGGAUGUUGACGAGCGGAUUCGGGUGCCAGGCUGCGUAGUGUCAUCGAAAAGUGACGUGUUGAGAUAGAAAAGUUGAAAUUUAGUCAUUUCUUUAAAAAAAGGUGUGCUACCAGGGUGGAAUUUGCCCCCUUUUUUCCGGGAGUCGGUCUGUGUGUGUUUGUAAGUGGGAAACUCUAACGACAGCUUGUUUACUAGUUGAAAAAAAAUAAUGCUGCCUGUUGAAGCAGCAGGUUUCCCCUGUUGUUGGAGCAUGUGGUGAGUGCUGCUCCUGCGCGUCCUCGUCCCUUUGUCGACGCGGGGGCUUGGUAGGAAAACCGAAAAUCAUAUCGCGUGCAGUGUUGUCCGUCCGCUAGCUGUAGUAGGGUGUGGUGGAGCAACGCCUGAUUCACACCCAUUCCCCCAGUGCGGUGACAGACAUGAGCACGGAGAGGCGGUCACCGGUAGACACCGUCAUUCGGUUGGUAGCUCAUUCAAGUGGAAUUCUCGCAACGUGGAUAAGUGAAGAUAGAGACAGGAGUGACAGUGAAGUAGAAGAAGAAGAAGAAGGAGGAGGAAUAAGUUGUGAAUUUGAAAACGGACGAUUGCCCAGGUCAUUAGAGCGCGAGAUGUUUUUUGGCUGCAAUGCUCCUGCUCCUGUUCAACGGCGACGGUCGUCGUCGGUUCAGUCUGCCAGCUGAGCUCAACGGUUAAAGGGAAAAAAAUAACUGUUCGCGGCUAGUUGCGAUGGCAGCCAUUGAGACCGUUCCGAACGGUAAUCCGGCAACCGAUUGUGAUAACGUUAGUGAUAGUGUAGAUUUAGUAGCUGUCGAGCAGGUGGCACUGUUCAAAAGCAGACUGGUGGAGUUUCUUGGCGAUUUGUAUACCCCCGAUCAGCCCUGGGACAUAAUCGCAUUCGAGGGCUACGGUCGGGGGUUAGUGGCAACGCGUGACAUAGCGGUCAAUGAAUUGAUAUUCCUGGAUCGACCGAUCCUGGUCGGCCCCCGAGUCAACAACUACGAUGUGAUAUUCUGUGCAAGCUGUUGUAGAAUACAGAAGAAGCUUAUUCUUUGUAGCGGUGGCUGUCGGCUGCCAGUCUGUUCUGAGUGUGACACUAGGGUAGAUCAAGAAACACUGCACACUGCUGAAUGUAAGAUUAUCAAUUCUUGGCAACCGAAAAACCAAUCGCGCUACUGUAAAGCCAUUCUGUAUGCGCUGACCUCCAUACGGGCGCUGAUGCUGAACGAUCGCGACCGCUCGAUCGUGCUUGGCAUGGAAGGUCACCCACCACGGAAAGAUAUGACGACCGAAAUCGAUCGGCUUGUGACGGAGGAAAUUUUUGCGAACCUUCCAGACUUGAGCUACCUACGGCAGGUGGUUAACGUGCUGAACACUAAUGCCUUCGAAACGAGCCAGAUCGUGCAGGAUGAGGAGAACAACGAUCACGAAAUCAUUCAGCGCGGUCUGUACAUCUUGGGGGCGUUGAUGAAUCACUGCUGUCUGCCCAACACCCGGUACGUGUUCGACGAGCAGCUGGUGAUGCGAUGCUAUGCUUCGAAAGCGAUUCGCCGGGGGGAGCAGAUCUUCAACAACUACUCGAAGAUCCUGUGGGGGACGCAGCACCGGAUCAUCCAUCUGUGCUUUUCGAAGCAUUUUCUGUGCGGCUGCGAGCGCUGCCGGGAUCCGACGGAACUCGGUACCUAUCUGGGAGCGCUGAAAUGUGUUCGCGAGCGGUGCUCCCACGGUCGUAUGCUUUCGCUGAAUCCGCUCAAGGUUGCCUCCGUGUGGCAGUGCGACAGUUGCGGCUUCAAGAUGGAUAAUGGCCGGAUCGGUAGGAUUCAGGAGAUUGCCGGCCGGAUGACACUGGCGAAUGCUGCCAAACGGGACGCCGCCUACAUUGUACAGUACCUGAACGAUCACGUGUCGCGUUUUCUGCUGCCGUACAAUCAGUUCACGGUGGAACUGAAGCUGCAGGCGAUUCGGAAAAUUCUACAGGAUGCUCCGAUGGAGUUGCUGCUGGAGAAGGAAAAGUAUUGCGGUGAGAUACUGGCCAUUUUGGCCAAGCUGGAUUACGGGGAGUGCUUCGUGAAGGGGCUGCUGUGUUACGAACUGUUCAAGGUGCGAACAGUGCUGGCGGGAAGGCGUGAGCAGCGGGAGUCCUUUCCGGAUGACAGCAGUUUGGCUGUCCUAAGGACGGCCUGGACCAUCCUCGGAUUCAGUGGCAAUCGGCCUCGAGAUCUGGACCAACUUGCUCAAUGCUACGGUUGUAAAGUUUCACCGGUUGCAGAAAUAACCAAAUUCUCAAAUGAUGGUUGUACUUCCGUGAAAAUUAGCCAAGAGCAGUUGACGUGAAAAGAAUCGCAAGCUGGGCUCAACAAACAGUUCCAUUGAAAUAUAUCACACUUGCAUUUAAAACAUUUUCGCUGAGUGGACAUCCCGUGAAGUGACAGUGACUGUCACCGCGACAAACCUCUCGCUUCACGCAGUGUUGGCUAUUUUCAUAUAAAAACAAAAACGUCGCAUUGACCCCCGCAGUCGAAGCAGGCGAUGGUUUCUUGGCGCAUAUAUGCCAACCAUAACAAAAACAAACAAGUGCACUCGCAUUGACGCACAAAGACUGGCACCUUUAGCGCACCUCUUGUUAAUGUUACAAAUUUUGCACCCGUUUCCUAGUUCCUCGAUUUCGCUCCGCUUUGCCGUUUCGGUCUGUUGUCAGACGACGCCAUCAUAUACCAAAUAAAAACAUAACCGAAUUUUUCGCUCGAACAAAACCAAAAUGUAAAAAUAAGUCAUUUGUCGCUCAAAACAGAUCGAAACCAACCUCCGUCAGGAGGGGCUAUGCACGAGCGCCAUCCUAAUCUUGCCUAACAAACUCCUACCUAUAGCGAUGAGAUAUUUUUAACUUUACACGAAACAAAUCCUGAAAAAAAAUAUUGAAAUUCUAUUUACCAUCAUCCUCCUCCUAGUCAAAGUUUCCAAAUAUAUCAGUAGCAUAUAGCGAAGGAAAAAAAGCGAUAGAAAAUUAAAAACAAGAGCAGAUUUUUCUCACAUUUUCUAUGUAGAUGAAGAAUAAAAAUAACUACUUUUUUCCUCUUCCGUAAACAGAAACAAUCAAUAUACUAAUAAAUACAAAUUCACAAUAAAAAAAAGAC